CUAAAAUUUGGAGCAAAUGGUUAUUAUUGUCAUAUAGUGCGUCACUUAAGGAGAUAGACAAGUAAAUGCCACAUCCUUUUCCCACUUAAAUACAACAAUUAUCUUUCCCUAAUUCUAUUCCUAUGUAUUAACUCAUCUCAUUUGAACCACGUACAUCAUAUACCCAUCUUUCCUAUGCUAAUCACUAAUUACUACCACCCUUUAAUUUCAUUACCCAAAACUUAAAAUGCCUCUUAGUCAUCUCUGCUACAUUCUCCCUACCGAGCCCGAGCCCGAUCCCGGGCCCAAUCCCAAGCCCGAGAUGGUGGGUGAAGUUCAUGGCACUGGCAUCAAGAAGAGGAGGAGGAUGAACAUCCAUGAUCAAAUACUGUGUGUGCUGCGAAGAUCACUGCGGCACAUAUGCUGCAAGAACAACACACAGAUGGAACCGGAAGAAAAAGGAAUGUUCCAUGACAUAAAAGGAAUAGAAUUGGGAGAUUGUGUCAAAAUGGAGAGCAACCUACCAAACCCAAAAGUGUUUACUUAUGCAGAGCUUUAUAUAGGAACUAAUGGUUUCAGCCCGGAGAUGGUGUUGGGAAGUGGGGGCUUUGGCCGGGUUUUCAAGGCUGUAUUACCGAGUGACGGUACUGAGGUUGCUGUCAAGUGUUUGCUCAACCAUAAUAAGUCAUCAUCACAUGAUUCACAUCCUCACAUAGACAAAACAUUUGCUGCUGAGUUGGUUGCUGUCGCGCAUUUGCGUCAUAGGAAUCUGGUUCGGUUGAGGGGUUGGUGCGUGCACGAGUCUCAGUUGCUUCUUGUGUAUGAUUACAUGGUUAACCGGAGUCUUGACAGGGUCUUGUUCAACUCGAGCGUUAACCCUUUUCUCGAUUUUCAAAAACGGGCUCAAAUUGUGUUGGGUUUGGCUGCAGCUUUGUUUUAUCUGCACGAGCAGCUCGAGACUCAGAUCAUCCAUAGGGAUGUCAAAACCAGCAAUGUGAUGCUCGACUCCCAUUAUAAUGCUCGCCUUGGAGACUUUGGCCUUGCUCGUUGGCUCGAGCACGACCGGAUAGAGUCCCCUUCUCCAUGCCACCACCCUAGUAUUCGUACGCUCCUUUCUUCGUCCAGGAGAUCUUCUGAGCAUGAUCAAUUUCGGCUUACAGAAACCAGUCGAAUUGGCGGGACUAUAGGGUAUCUGCCCCCAGAAAGCUUCCAGAAGCGCUACGUUGCCACUGCCAAGUCAGACGUUUUCAGCUUUGGGAUUGUGGCCUUGGAAGUUGCCUGUGGCAGGCGUGCUGUCGAUCUCACUGUUCCUGAUGAUAAAAUCAUACUAUUGGAUUGGGUUCGGAGAUUGGCAGAUGACGGCAGCCUGUUGCUUGCUGCAGAUCCUCGACUACCUAAGAAAUCUUAUCAGGUUCAUGACUUGGAGCGUUUGAUUCAUCUGGGACUUCUUUGCACCGUGCACAAUCCCAAAUCCCGCCCUUCGGUCAAGUGGGUUUUGGAUGCUCUUUGCGGAAAUAUGUUUGGCAAACUUCCAUCGCUACCUUGUUUCAGGGCUCAUCCUCUGUAUAUCUCCUUGUCCAGCAACAGUUCCUCAGACUCGAGCAAACAUAAUGCCACACCCAACUCUACUAAUACUACUGCCUCAGUGUCAUCUAUUCUCACCAUCUAUAUUACAUCCAUGGGAAAAACCGUAUUUGUGACAGCCGAAGGUAUUACUGACAGCAAAGAGGCCUCUUUCGAUACAGACACGGACGUAAACGCCACGAAAAAAGACAUUGUGCCUGUAAAAUACCCAUCUUAUACAGAGGUAAAAAGCAGUAUGUCUGUCAACUGCUCAUUUCCCAUUCCUAUGGUUGCCACACCAAGAGACAUAUCGUACGCAGAGAUAGUUUCCGCAACCAACAAUUUUUCAGAUAGUCAUAGAGUGGCAGAGGUUGAUUUCGGGACAGCUUACAAGGGCUUCUUGGAUGACCAUCAUCAUGUCCUGGUGAAGCGGCUUGGAAUGAAGACGUGUCCAGCCCUACGGACUAGGUUCUUAACGGAGCUUCAGAAUUUGGGAAGGCUUCGCCAUCGCAACCUAGUACAAUUGCGUGGAUGGUGCAUGGAGCAGGGAGAAAUGCUGGUGGUCUACGAUUACUUAGCUAGUCGCCUGCUCACCCACCUGCUGUUCCAUAAUACCCGCUGCAAGGUCCUCCAAUGGCCUCACCGUUAUAGUAUCAUUGCAGCCCUUGCAUCGGCAAUUGUGUACCUGCACGAGGAGUGGGACGAACAAGUAAUACAUAGAAACAUCACAUCGUCUUCCAUAAUUGUCGAUGUAGACAUGAAUCCUAGGCUUACCAGUUUUGCACUUGCGGAGUUCUUGACCCGAAACGAGCAUGGACAUCAUGUGGCCAACGGCAACAAUUCAGUUCGGGGGAUCUUCGGGUACAUGUCCCCCGAGUAUAUGGAGUCUGGAGAAGCAAAUACAGCUGCUGAUGUUUACAGCUUUGGCGUGGUGGUGCUUGAGAUGGUCAGUGGCCAGAUGGCUGUCGACUUUCGGCACCCUGAGGUGCUUUUAGUCAAGAGGGUUCGCGAGUAUGAAGCGACAGGAAGGCCUUUAGAAGGGCUGGCAGAUCCACAAUUGGGUGGGGAGUAUGAGCCUCAGGAAUUUGUAAGACUCUUGAAACUGGGGCUGGCUUGUACACAUUCCGACCCACGUUUACGACCUAGUAUGAGACAAAUCACGAGCAUACUCGAUGGGAACAGUUCUUGCAUCUUCCAAGGGUGUAUGGAGGCAAUUGAAGAAUGGAAACAAGCUAAUUCUUAUUCCAUGUCAUUGAUUAGAAGAAUCCAAGCAUUAGGAAUCCAUUGAGAUGUUGAAAUGGAUCUAUUCUGUCAUGGGAUAUUAUGAACACAUUACAUCGAUAAAUUGUAUAAGAACAUUAAAGUAGGCUUAGAAAAAUUAAACUUCACAUUAGAUUUUAAUGUCUUGAUUGUAUAUUGAGAAAAAACAUAUAUUAUAUUAACAAAAUGAGUCAUAUGGAUCGGAAAAAUAAA